UCUCUCUCUCUCUCUCUCUCUCUCUCUCUCUCGAUCUUAUUAUUAACUUAUUAUUUAUAAAUUACAUUCUCACUUCUCUUCAGGAUUAUUGCUCCCGUCUAGGAUUCAAAACCGCCAACUGGACUUUGGACGACGCGUUCGAAUAUAUUUCCAACAAAGCGAAUCGUUACGAAACGCCGUCGAACGCUUCGAAAAGAGAAGAAAAUUCGGUGAAAAUCUAUGACAAGUAUUCGCCUCGUAUCGCCGAAAAGUUGAACGAGUUGAAGGAUAAUCCGAACGUGGACGACGAACGGGCGAACGAUAUAAACAACAGUGACGAUUUGCGGUCGGCGAUAAGCGGAAAAAUCUCGUUCGAAUCGUUGUGCCUAAAGUGUCUUCGAGUUUCCAACGAUAAAAUGGACGUGCAUCCGUUCUUCGAGGGAUCUUUGUGCAAAGAUUGCUCGGAACGGUACAAACCCUGCAUGUUCGUUUUCGGUAACGACUCCAAAUGCUUUUACUGCACGGUGUGCGCCGCCUCCGGGAUGGUGAUCAUCUGCGACAAAGAGGAUUGCCCAAGGGUUUACUGCACCGCUUGCAUGAAACACCUGUUAUGCCCGACGACUUACGAGCAAGUGCUCCAAGAGGAUCCUUGGGAAUGCUUCCUCUGCACGUCCUCCAUGCCUCGAUCGUUCACCGACACGAUCGUGAGACCGCGGGCUAAUUGGAAGGACAGGAUAAUUAAUAUGUUUCGCACGAGUUGCGAGUCGAACGGGGGGCGACACUUGGUCGCAGGGCACAAUCAAGAGAGGAGAAAAAUACGAGUUCUCUCCCUGUUCGACGGCCUUGGCACAGGUCUGCUUGUGCUUCUGAAACUGGGCUUCAACGUAGACGCGUAUUACGCGAGCGAGAUCGAUCCAGACGCGCUGUUGGUCACCGCCUCCCACUUCGGCGACCGUAUCCUUCAAUUGGGCAACGUGAAGGACAUCACGAACAAGACGAUCAAGGAGAUAGCGCCCAUCGAUCUUCUGAUCGGCGGAUCACCGUGCAACGAUCUCAGUUUGGCCAACCCGGCCCGACUCGGCCUCCACGAUCCGAAAGGAACCGGUAUACUAUUCUUCGAGUAUCGUCGAAUUCUGAAACUAGUGAAGAAGCUUAAUAACGAACGACAUUUGUUUUGGUUGUACGAAAACGUCGCCUCGAUGCCCAGCGAGUACAGAUUGGAGAUUAACAAGCAUCUAGGACAGGAACCAGACGUGAUAGAUUCGGCAGACUUUUCACCCCAGCACAGAUUGAGACUCUACUGGCAUAAUUUCCCUAUAGAGCCAGACUUGUUGCCGUCCCAAAGGGAGCAGGACGUGCAAGAUAUACUUACGCCACAUUGCCAACGUUACUCGCUCGUUAAAAAGAUACGUACCGUCACUACGAAAGUAAACUCGUUGAAGCAAGGCAAACUUGCGUUGAAACCAAUUAUUAUGAAGGACGAGAGCGACUCCUUGUGGAUAACCGAACUCGAGGAGAUAUUCGGAUUCCCUCGCCACUACACGGACGUAAAGAAUUUAUCGGCGACGAAACGGCAGAGAUUGAUAGGUAAAUCUUGGAGCGUGCAAACAUUGACAGCCAUUUUCAAAUGUCUUUGCCCAUUUUUCGAGUGCGAUGUCGUAGAAGCGAAGGACGAGUCGUAGAAACACGAUUAAAGGGAAAAAGAA